CGGCCCCGGGUUGGUGGGAACGGGUGGACAUGGCGGCGGCCGGCGCGGGGGCCACACGGCUGCUCCUGCUCUUGCUGUUGGCGGCAGCAGCGCCCAGCCGGGCCCGGGGCAGCAGCUGCCGGGCCGGGACCGUCGCGCGGGGGGCCGGGGUGGAAGGCCGGGAGGCCGAGGGCUGUGGCGCGGUGGGGCUGGUUCUGGAGCACUCCUUCGAGAUCGAUGACCACACGCACUUCCGGAAGCGCGGCUCUCUGCUCUGGAACCAGCAGGAUGGCAGCCUGUCCCUGUCGCAGCGGCAGCUCAGCGAGGAGGAGCGGGGCCGCCUCCGGGACGUGGCAGCCCUGAAUGGCCUGUACCGUGUGCGGGUCCCGCGAAGGCCUGGAGCCCCUGACGGCCCCGAAGCCGGCGGCUACGUCUCCUCCUUUGUCCCUGCGUGCUCCUUGGUGGAGUCGCAUCUCUCCGACCAGCUGACCCUGCAUGUGGACGUGGCCGGCAACGUGGUGGGGGUGUCGGUGGUCACGCACCCCGGGGGCUGCCGGGGCCACGAGGUGGAGGACGUGGACCUGGAGCUAUUCAACACCACGGUGCAGCUGCAGCCGCCCGUCACAGCGCCGGGCCCGGAGACGGCCGCCUUCAUCGAGCGCCUGGAGAUGGAGCAGGCGCAGAAGGCGCGGAACCCCCAGGAGCAGAAGUCCUUCCUGGCCAGAUACUGGCACCUCAUCCUGGGGGGGGCCGUGUUGCUCACAGCCCUGCGUCCGGCCGCCCCGGGGCCCGCGCCGCCGCCGCCGGACGCCUGAUGGAUGUACAUCCUGCCCGUGGUCCUGUUCCUCAUGAUGUCCGGAGCGCCCGACGCCGGGGGCCAGGGUGGGGGCGCGGCCGCAGGCGGGGGCGGGGGCAGCGGCCGCUGAGCCUGCGCGCCUCUGCCCCCCGGAGCGCCCUGUAAACGCCCGACUUCAGCGUCUCCCGUGGUCCCGGGAGGACCUGCGGCCUCGGCCCUGGCGCCGCCGCCCACCCUGGGCCCCUGCACUGCUUUGGGCCAGCGAGUGGCUGACGGGGGCGGGGGGGGGGUUCCCCCCUGCCUGGGCGCGCCCCGCCUCCGUGCCUUCCUCCCCGCGUUGUCCCCCGGCUCCUGUCCCCGCCCACCCCGCAGCACUGGAUGGGGCGCCCCGCCCCACAGCACCUCAGCACUGGCCUGGGCGGGCCAAGAGGAGAUCUGGAGCCUCGUGGAAGUCCUGGACGCCCGCCCCCGCCCAGGUCCGCCCGGUGCGAGGCUGGGAGAGCCGCGGCCGGGACCGCACUGAGGAAGUGGCCGCGCUAUGGCACUGAGCCCUGUCCCCGGGCGCCCCCACUCCCGCAGACGCCGCCCGCGGGCUCUGCCUCAGACGGUGGUCGAUCAGCAGCAAGUUCUUUAAAAACAAAGUUUUUUAAAAUUUUA